AUGUCAUUCAUACCUUCCAAUUAUGCAGAUGUAGAAUAUACAAAUUUAAAACAAGCAUUAUUAUUACAUAUAAUUAGAAUUGAAAAUAUUAGUCAAUCAAAAUCUCAUCAAAUAGAUGAAUGGCAAGAAAUAUCAGAUCCAAAUAAUGUAUCAGUAGAUAGAUUAAAUAAAUCAAAUAGAAUAGUUAGAGAAAUAAAUAUGGAAGAUGAUACAAAUCAACAACAAUUAAAUUCAACUUUAGCAACUGAACCAAGACUGAAAGAUUCAUCAAUUUAUAAAUUAUUAUUAAGAGAUAAAUUUAAUAAUUUCAUAUAUGCAUAUGAAUUAGAACCAUUAAGAUUUUUAAGAAAUGAAAAUAUGAAUACACCCAUACCUAUAAAAUUAGGUGGUAGAAUUUUAAUUAAACCUGGUACAAUAAUACUGAGAGGUGUUUUAAUGUUAGAUCAUAAAAAUUGUGAAUAUAAAGGAUUACAUCAAAAUGAUCAAGAAUUAAUUAAUAAUUUAAAUGAAAAUAUUGGAGUUAGAGAAAUUGAUAUAUUAUCAAAUGAAAUUGCUUCUUAA